AAGCAUGGACGCCGCAGUGGUGGGAGCAGUGCUUUCUCCGACCAUCCAAACCAUACUAGACUGUAUAACCUCAAGUAAGUUCCGAGAAUUUGUUAAGGACAGAGAGCUAAAUGUUCGACUCUUGGAUGACCUGAAGAUAACUCUCAUUAUGCUUGAUGCUAUUCUCAUUGAUGCUGACGAGAAGCAGAUCACUAGUCCUGCAGUGAAAAGAUGGCUUGAAGAGUUGAAAGAUGCCAUUUAUGAUGCAGAAGAUUUGUUGGAUGAAAUCAACACUGACUCUCUCAGAUACCAGGUGGAACAAGAUUCUCAGGAAGUUUCUGAUAAGUUGAUCUCCUUCUUUUCUCCUUCUGUUGGCGGAAUGUACUGGAAAAUGAACCAGAAGCUUAAAGAAAUACACCAAAGGCUUAACCUCUUUGCUGAACAAAAAGAUAUCCUUCAUUUGCAGAGUGUUAGCCGGAGGGCACAUAAAAAGACUACAACUUCACUAGUAAAUGAGUCUGUUGUAGUUGGCAGAGAGGAUGAUAAGGAGAAACUGUUGAACAUGCUUGGGUGUGAUGAAAACGAAGAGGGUAAUAAUAUAGGAGUGAUCGCCAUCUGGGGCAUCGGUGGGGUUGGUAAAACAACCCUUGCUCAACUGCUUUAUAAUGAUGAGAAAGUGCAGCAAUAUUUUGAUUUGAAGGCUUGGACAUGUGUUUCCGAAGAUUUCAAUGUUUUUGAGGUGACCAAGAAUAUUUUAGAAUCUGUCAGCUCAAAAGCUCAUAAUAGCAAAAAUCUAGAAAUUCUUCAAGUUGAACUGAGAAAUAGCUUGAGGGGCAAAAAAUUUUUGAUUGUAAUGGAUGAUCUGUGGAAUGAUAGAUAUAGUGAUUGGGAUGAUCUGGUUGCUCCUUUCCGCAAUGGAAAAAGGGGGAGUAAGAUCAUCAUAACAACUCGCCAACAAAGAGUUGCUGAAAUUACACAUACAUUUCCUGCGUAUAAGUUGUCAACUCUCUCUAAUGAAAAUUGUUGGUGUUUACUAGCCAAGCAUACACUUAAAAAGGAAGAUCUUAACAAGCAUCCAGAGCUAGAAGCAAUCGGAAGGAAAAUUGCAAGAAAAUGUUGUGGGCUACCGAUUGCUGCCAGAUCAAUUGGAGGUCUUUUGCGUUCAAAAGUGGAUGAAAAGGAAUGGUAUAGAAUUCUAAAUAGUAAUAUGUGGGACUUGCCAAGAGAUGAUGUUCUACCUGCUUUGUAUCUGAGUUAUGUUUAUCUUCCACCACAUUUAAAGAGAUGUUUUGCUUAUUGCUCCAUAUUCCCAAAAGAUCACGCAUUGGAUAGGAAGCAAUUGGUCUUGUUAUGGAUGGCUGAAGGUUUUGUACAACAAUACUCCGAACUGGAGAUCGAAUCAGAUAACUGCUUUAAUGAAUUACUAUCUAGAUCAUUCAUUCAUCAGCAUGAAGAUCAUCCAGAAAAGUUUAUCAUGCAUGAUCUCAUCAUCGAUUUAGCCAAGCUUGUGUCUGGCAACAUUUGUAUUUGGUUCGAAGGUGAUGAAAUCCCAACAACUACUGCUCGCCAUGUAUCAUAUCCCAAACAAGGAUACGAUGGCUCUGAAAUGUUCAAGAGUUUUUAUCACCUAAGUUCUUUGAGGACUUUCCUGCCGCAACAAACUUGGCCAUUUAUAGAAUCAUGUGUCUUGAGCAAAAAGGUCUCACAUGAUUUGCUGCCAAAACUGACACGUCUAAGGGUAUUGUCUUUGUCCAUGUAUUCCAAUAUCACCGAGUUGCCUGAUUCAAUUGGCAAUUUGAAACAUCUGUGGUAUCUUGAUCUAUCCUAUACUAAAAUCACAAGGUUGCCUGAUGCCACCUUUAAACUUUGUAAUUUGCAGACUUUGCUUUUAUCAUACUGUAAGUCUUUCAGUGAAUUGCCUAAGAGUAUAGAAAAGCUUGUCAACCUACGUCACCUGGAUAUCACCGGCACUGCUUUGAAGGAGAUGCCAACACAGAUUACCAAACUACAAAAUCUUCAUAGUUUGAGUACUUUUGUGGUGAGCAAACAAUCGGAUGGAUUGAGAAUCAAGGAGUUAAGAAAGCUACCUCAUCUAGAAGGCAAGCUUUCAAUUUUGAAGUUACAAAAUGUUGUUGAUCCCAUGGAUGCUUUCGAGGCAAAGUUGAAGAGAAGAGAGAAAAUUGAGGAGUUAGUGUUGGAGUGGGAUAGUGAUGAUUCUCAAGACUCACCAACAGUGAAAAAUAUACUUAACAUGUUUCAUCCUUCAGCAAAGUUACAGAGAUUGACCAUCAACCGUUAUGGUGGUACUAGCUUUCCAAAUUGGGUGGGAGAUUCUUCAUUUACCAAUAUCACCUUUUUAUGCGUGAGCAAUUGCAAAGGUUGUUUAUCCCUUCCACCUUUUGGGCAAUUACCUUCUCUUAAAGAGCUUUCAAUUCAAGGAAUGGCUUCUGUAAAGAUAGUUGGGCAUGAGUUCUAUUGCAAUCAAGCAGGCUCCUCUUCAUUUCAUCCAUUUCCGUCCUUGGAAAUUCUAAAAUUUGAAGAUAUGCCGGCUUGGGAGCAAUGGAGGACACCAUUUAAAGGUGAGGGUAUCGAAUUUCCCUUUCCCAGUCUCAAACAUUUGUACUUGUAUAAUUGUCCUCAGUUGAAGGGAGACAUGCCCGACAAUCUUCCAUCACUGAGAAAGGUCGAUAUACUAAACUGCAGUCAUUUGGAAGCCAAAUCAUCAGCAUUGAAAUGGAUUGCUUGCAUUCAAAAAUUAAACAUUAACCAAGGGGAAAAGGACUUGCUGAGGGCCAUUGAAAAUUUUUCUCUAGACUCAUUGAAACGCCUGAGAAUUACUGAUUGUUCCAGCUUGCAGUCUUUGUCUAGAAUGAUAUCGGCAUGUCACUGCCUUCAAAAAUUGUAUCUCAAAAGCAUCCCAUCUUUAGAGUCCUUGCCAAUUCAUGGUUUGCCCACUUCAUUGCAGCGACUUAGAAUUGAAGAUUGCAGUAAAUUAGAAUUCCCACCUCAGGAAUCUUGGCAAAACUACACCAGAAUUGAAUUUUUGCUCAUUAAAAAUAGUUGCGAUUCAUUGACAUUCUUUCCAUUAGGUAGUUUCCCCAAGCUUAAAAUUCUGGUGGUUGAAGGUUGUCAUAAUCUGGAAACAUUUACACAAGUUGACGGGUCUUCCCCUACCUUAGAAUCCCUUGUUCUGUCUGAUUGUAAGCAAUUCAGAUCAAUGUCACAAGUACAAAGUGAAUCCCUCACUACCCUUAAGUACUUUUCUCUUUCUCAGCUUCCGAAUUUGGAAUCACUGCCUGAAUGUGGUUUGCCUUCUACCUUGCGAUCAUUUGUUAUAGUUGACUGUGAGCGACUAUCUUCCGUCCCUCUUAAAAAAUGGGGUUUCCAAGAGUUGACAUAUCUCUCAGGACUUCAGGUCAAAGGUGAUGGAAGUGAAAAGACUCUCUGUAACUUACUGAAGUAUCAAUUAUUACCCACUUCUCUCGUGAGAAUCGACAUCUGUGAUUUCUCUAAUCUUAAGUUUUUAUAUGGAAAAGGGCUUCGACACCUUACUUGUUUAGAAGAGCUCUAUAUCUCUGAGUGUCCAGAGCUUGAAUUCUUGCCAGAAGAUGAGCUGCCAUCCUCUCUUUUGGAGCUCAAUAUCUUAGGCUGUCCUAAAUUACGUAAAAGAUAUGACCAUCAAAAAGGACAACACUUCUCCGAGAUUGCUCAUAUUCCUACCUUACAAAUAGAUGGCAUAUAUUAUGAUCCUUGGGAAGCGUCACAAGAACGUACUCGGCUUUCAAGGGGAGAAGGUGAGGGAAUCAAUAAAACUCGGGAGCUUCCAAAUAAAAGAGCUCUAUUGGAAGCAAAAAGCGUGUUGAGAAAAAUGAAAGGCGAUAAGGAUGAUUUGCUGCUAUUUUGGUAGAGAUUAAAGGUUG